UCGACGUUAAAAGGACUUUUGGGGGUCUCUGAAUCCGGAGAGCAGCCAUUUUUCCCACUGUCUCCCUUUAUUCCAUCUCUUUCUUUCUUUUAAAUAUAAUAAUAUUAAUAUUAAUGUAAACUACUUGUCUUCUCCGACUCUUUCUCCUUCGAUCUCCGUCCUCCUCCCGUCUUUCUCUCUUCUUUCCCUUUCCUGCACGCCAUGGAGAUCUAGGGUUAGGGUUUCGUUCAAUUCUCUUCCAAGGCUGCGACCCGCACUCCCCCGCUUUCCCUCCGAGGUGGAAGUUCUCCAAGGUUAGAAGGGAAUAAUUUUAUUAAGUGGAUAUUUGGAUCUUGAUGUGUGCUUGAACAUUUAUGUGGUGUGGUAACAAAUCAAGUCAUCAUCGGAGGAAACUCGCUUCAUCCAGUCACAUUUUGGCCAAAUUUAAUUUCAAUGGCAGUGAAGUUUGUUUAAGAAAGCUUUGUAUGGCUUCAGACACUUGUCAGAAGAGAGGUAUCAAGCAGAACUUGUUGAACCUGGAAGACAUACGGUUGGAUACUAAUUGGGAAGAUGUGACUUGCCCAAUAUGUUUGGAUUUCCCACAUAAUGGAGUAUUACUGCAGUGUUCUUCAUAUGAUAAGGGGUGUCGGCCAUUCAUGUGUGAUACAGAUCACACCCACUCAAACUGUCUCAGCCGUUUUAAGAGUGCAUAUGGGUUGCCUGCUAUUGCAAAAGUUUCAUCAACUACAAAUGAGACUUCUCUGGAAAGCUUUCAGGAGAUCCCAUCAAGCCCCAACAGCCGACCAACCUGUCCGCUGUGUAGAGGAGAUGUUAUAGGAUGGAUUGUAAUAGAUGAGGCCCGUCUGUAUCUGAACAUGAAAAAAAGGUGCUGCCAAGAGAAAUGCUGUUCAUAUGUGGGCAACUUUUUUGAGCUGCAGAAGCACACUCAAUUAAAACACCCCCAUUCACGUCCUUCGGAAAUAGACCCUGCAAGACAACUAGAUUGGGAAAAUUUCCAGCAGUCUUCAGAUAUCAUAGAUGUCUUGAGCACCAUACAUGCAGAAGUACCACAUGGUGUGGUUUUGGGGGACUACGUAAUUGAGUAUGGGGAUGAAGAGACAGGAGAUGAAUAUGAUGAUUUCCACCGGAAUAGACGCAAGUGGUGGACCUCUUGUAUUUUGUUUGUAAACUUUAGGGCUUCAAGAAACCGACGGAGAUCAGGAAGAAGUGAAAGAAGCGAAAGAAGUGAAAGGAGAAGCAGUGGCCGAUCAAGCUCUGAUGGUUCAAAUCUGGAUGAGGGUUCUACAAGAUCUGUAGACAUAAGAGAAUACAGGUUUGAGGAAACCGAUGACGAGUAUGUAGGAGCCACCGGUGGUGGUGGUGGUGCAGCAUCCAGGAGAAUCCCCAGCCAUUACAGGUAUGCGAGGCGCAGAUCUCGUUUUUAUGAUCCUUGACAAGCAAGCGUCCAUGGCAUCCACUGCCCCGUGAUGACUUUCUUUUAUCUUCUCCCAUCCAAAUUUCAUUCUCUUUUGUUGCUAUAGGAUGUCUAUGACAUUUGUUUGUGCAUAUGAAAAUGCUAUUGUAUUGUAUGCAGCCCUCAGCGAAUUUAGUGUUUACAAUCUAUCAACAUGUUUCUCCUUUUUGUUAAUGCAAGCCAAAUCUAUGAUUUUUUUA